CACUGAGAGCGCGGAGCAGGCCGCAGUCUACCCAGCCCAGCUCGAGCCGCUGCCGCGUCCCGUCCCGUCCCCGCCGCCACGAUGAUGAUGAUGGCGCUCAGCAAGACGUUUGGGCAGAAGCCCGUCAAGUUCCAGCUGGAGGAGGACGGCGAGUUCUACAUGAUCGGCUCCGAGGUGGGGAACUACCUGCGCAUGUUCCGGGGCUCCCUGUACAAGCGGUACCCCUCGCUGUGGAGGCGGCUGGCCACUGUGGAAGAGAGGAAGAAAAUCGUCGCAUCUUCUCACGAGUCACAGCGGUCUCACAGUCCCAGAAGAUAUCACGGUUAUACAACGUUAGCCACUAGUGUGACACUCUUGAAAGCAUCUGAAGUGGAAGAGAUCUUGGAUGGAAAUGAUGAAAAAUAUAAGGCAGUGUCUAUCAGCACAGAGCCUCCCACCUACCUCAGAGAGCAGAAGGCCAAGAGGAAUAACCAGUGGGUGCCCACCCUGCCCAACAGCUCUCAUCACCUCGAUGCUGUGCCGUGCUCAACCACCAUUAACAGAAACCGCAUGGGCAGGGACAAGAAACGGACCUUCCCACUCUGCUUUGAUGACCAUGACCCAGCAGUGAUCCAUGAGAAUGCGUCGCAGCCAGAGGUUCUAGUUCCAAUCCGGCUGGACAUGGAGAUCGAUGGGCAGAAGCUCAGAGAUGCAUUUACGUGGAACAUGAAUGAAAAGCUCAUGACUCCAGAAAUGUUCUCAGAGAUCCUCUGUGAUGACCUGGAUUUGAACCCACUGACCUUUGUCCCUGCCAUUGCCUCUGCAAUCCGACAGCAGAUUGAGUCCUACCCAACUGACAGUAUCCUAGAGGACCAGUCAGAUCAACGAGUUAUUAUUAAGCUAAAUAUCCAUGUAGGGAAUAUCUCCCUGGUAGACCAGUUUGAAUGGGACAUGUCGGAGAAGGAGAAUUCACCAGAGAAGUUUGCACUGAAGCUGUGUUCAGAGCUCGGGCUGGGCGGGGAGUUUGUCACCACCAUCGCCUACAGCAUUCGAGGACAGCUGAGCUGGCAUCAGAAGACUUAUGCCUUCAGCGAGAACCCACUGCCAACCGUGGAGAUCGCCAUUCGCAACACCGGCGACGCUGAUCAGUGGUGCCCCCUGCUUGAGACCCUGACGGAUGCAGAGAUGGAGAAGAAGAUCAGGGACCAGGACAGAAAUACAAGGCGUAUGAGACGUUUGGCCAACACUGCUCCAGCCUGGUAACCUCCCCCAGCAUGACUAUGGUGCUCAUCCUACAGGUUCUAUCCCUCCUCCUCUCCCCGGAAGGAACUGGGACUGGCAAGGGUUCGUCUCGCAUCUUUUUGUCUCGGAGCGGGGACUCACAUUCCACUUGCCGAGUAGUCCAUUGUACUGCUGGCUUCUACCCCCACCUGUUUGCUUUCAUGCCAUGUGCCAAGAAGGUUGCGGUAGCACGUUAGCCAGCUGAGACCUGUGGCAGCUGUCAGAGCCCUCCUGUACCUGUGUGGACUGUGUAAGGAUCUUUUGUAUAGGUGCAGUAUGCACUGUUAGGAUAACUUUUUAAAUAAAAGGAAUGCGUAACA